AUGUCGCCCAUUCUGUUUACGAUUCCAUUCAGGCAAGAACUUCACCCACAGGGAUCCCUGACGACUGGGCAAGGGAAUAGAUUCGUUUUGGCGUCUACCCAAGAACUACAUGAGAAGAUUACAGAAUUAGCGAAUCGGGUUCGCCAGCUAGAGGAUGGGCUUCGAGAGUCACACUUAAAAAUCUCUCACGAGCCACACCCAUUGCUGAGCGAAGAACUAUUGAAAAUAAAAGCACCUCUGCAACGAGAGGCACCCUCUCACAGGAGUCAGCAUCAUGAACCCACGAAGGAGGAAGAAAGCAAUCCCGACGUUGUAGACGCUUUUGGAUCGCUUUCCAUCAGUCCUGUUGGUCGUACGAAAUACUACGGACAAAUUGCUAGCUCAUGGAACGAAGAUGACGAGCCUGAGGCGGAGAGUCACUUAACCGCCCUCCAAAGCCAUCUACCUUAUGAAAUGCUUGAAAAGGCCGCAGCGUUUCCAAUUCACCCAUCACCGACAGCUCAGAUCCCCAUGCCGCACUUGACCUGGUAUCUUCCUAGCGCAGAGCGAACUAUGGAACUCAAGACUGUAUACUUCAGCCAUGCCGCAAUGAUGUAUAACCCAAUUUCAGCCGAAUCUUUCGACACAGAAAUAUACAGCCAGUUCUUCCUUUCAACAGAUGCGUCGCCAACGGAGGAGCCUCUUCUAUCUCACCGCCUAGCUCUCAUGUUCAUAGUCCUCGCCUUGGGCUCCCUGAUGGACACGGUGAAUCAGCCACCUUACAACUUUGAUGCUGAGAAGUAUAAUCAGCUUGCUCGCGCGGCUCUCUUCAGACAUCCUCUAUUCGACGAGCCAACUAUCACUGCCGUACAGGCGCUGGUUAGUGACUUCUCCCUGUAUCCCGCUACUUGGUAUUGA